UUGGUGUUGCAUUGUUUUCCACAGUAUCAAAUGGAGAGAGUGACAAAGUUAGCGUCCGAGAAGCCGGUUGUGAUUUUUAUCAAGAGUUCGUGUUGCAUGUCCCACACUAUCAAAACCCUUUUUUACGACUUCGAGGUUGAUCCUACGGUUCACGAGUUCAAUGAGAUCCCUAGAGGACGUGAAAUCAAACAAGCUCUCUCGAGACUCGGUUGCAAUCCUUCCAUUCCAGCCGUCUUCAUCGGUGUUGAACUUCUUGGUGGAGCCAAUGAAGUCACGAGUCUUCAUCUUAACAGAUCCUUUGUCCCAAUGCUUAAAUGA